UCAUAUUUUCUUCUCCCUUAUCUGCUUUCUUUGGGAAAGGAUAUUCACGUGUUUAUUUCUCAAAACUCAUUUGUGACGUUUGGCCCCCGAUUGAUGCCACUAGUGCCGUUUGAAUUUGCAAACCCUCUCCCAACGUUGUGUUAAACACGAAUACAAUGAUUUGAAAAUCAUGGUCAAUCUAUUUUUACUUGAAUGCACUACCGGCACAAGAUAUUUAAUGUUCAAACACUGGCAAAUAAUCAUUAACUUGAAUAUUUCAUAGCUGCAACACGUUAUGUUCCAAAAAAAAGCUGUGGCAGGUGGCAAAACGACUGACAAAGUGUAGGAGUGUUCAUCAAACAUAUAUUUGGAGCAUCACACAGGUGAACAGGUAUGGGGCCCGUAAUUGGGUGGAAAAGGAGGUACCGGUACCCUGAAUUGCUCAGUCAUUCACAAGCAACAACAGGGUGAGGUUCACCUCUUUGUGAACAACCGCUUGGGAAAAAAAAAGGUCAAACAGUUUAAGGACAAUGUUCCUCAAUGUGAAUUCCCAAGGAAUCGACAGAUUUCAUAAUCCGUAAUGUCAUCAAAAGACAUUUAUUGUACAGCAAAAAACACCGCCGUUUUCUCUGAGCCCGAGCUCAUCUAAGAUGGACUGAGGCAAAGCUGAGGAAAAGUGGAAGCGUUUUGUGGUCUGACGAGUCCACCUUUCAAAUUGUUUUGGGAGAUUGUGGAUGUCAUGGCCAAAGAGGAAAAGAGCCAUCCGGACUGUUCUGGAUGCAAAGCCAGCAUCUGUGAUGCUAUGGAGCUCUGUUAGUGCCAGCGGCAUGGAGGUCAGUGAAGAAUAUCGUCAUCCUGAGCAGCCUGAGCCCGCUCUGGUGAAUGAGGAAGAGGCGCCAGACACCCACUACAUCAAAGAGGAAGAAGAGGACAGUGAUAUUACCAACUUUCCUCUGACUGUCAUUGUCAAGAGCGAAGAUGAUGUCGAAGAAAGCGAGCCCUGUGGAGGAUCCCACAUAACCUCACACUUUCCUGAUGCAGACGAACGCGCUAAAAGUGACACGGCGAGUCGAAGGGUCACCAAACGCUGGAAUUGUUCUCAGUGUGAAAAAACUUUUGGCUUUGAGUCUCUCUUGAAAAAGCACGUGGUUAGCCACACGAGAACGAAAGCUUUCAGUUGCUCCGAUUGUGGGAAGAGAUUCACUCGUCAGGGACAUUUGAACACUCACGUCAGAACACACACUGGGGAAAAACCUUUUUGCUGCACAGUGUGUGGCCUUAGGUUAACGCAAAAGAGUAGCUUAACCAAUCACGUGAGAACGCACACUGAAGAGAAACCAUUUGUGUGCUCACUUUGUGGUAAAACGUUCUCGGUAAAGCGCUAUUUGAUAGCACACGUCAGUACACACGCUGGGGAGAAACCUUUUGCCUGCACAGUUUGCGGUAAAAGAUUCUCCGGCAAGAGACAUUUAGUCGAACACACGAAAACGCACACUGGGGAGAAACCUUUUGCCUGCAUACUGUGCGGUAAAAGGUUCACCCAGAAGGGGCAUCUCAGAAAACACAAAAGAAUUCACACCGGUUGAGAAAGCAUUCCGUUGCAAAGGGUGGGGGACGCCAUUCGGAUCAGGUUUUCGAGAAACAAGCAGCGAAUGAUGAAUUGUCAAGUGACUUACCUGUGCUAAGCUGUAAAGUCUACAAUAUGUGCUCCUGAAUAAAUACGUCUUCAGAC